ACACACAUUCCGACUUGGACGUCUUCUUCCUUGAUCGCCGCCAUGGCUCGUCACGCGAACGCCGGCGUCGACGUCGUCGUCGAGCGGGACGACGUCGAUCGGAACCCGCGCCCCGGCGCGGUCUCCGACGCGCGCGCGCAGCGAUCGUACAUUCGCAAGAAGUUUGACCUCUCUCAAAAUCCCGGCCGCAAGCCCGGCAUCCUCACGUCCGCGCUCGCGAACGCGCACUCGGAGAGACAGAUGAUCUUCUUCUUCCUCUUGCACUUCGUCGCGACGAUGAUCGUGUGGCAGCACCACAUGUAUUUCAAGUUCCGUCAGCGAGCGGCCGUCGUCCCCGAGGGCGCGAACCUCUACUGGUGGAAGCGCCUCGUCCCUCCGGUCGAGUUCGGCACGAUGCACGCCAUGCUGUUACAGCUGGCGCUCAUACCGAUGACGAUGGCGCGGCACACGAUCGCGACGUUGUCCGCGACCACACGAAUGCACAUUCACCUCGGAUACGUCAUGGUGUUGUUCGUGUUCUUGAGCACCGUGCUCUUCUUCGUGUUUUUCGGUCAAGGGUGCGUGGACCAGCGAAGCGGCAAAGAGCCGCUCGUGAAGGGCAAAGAGUCGUUCUGCGACUCCAUGAAAUCGGAGAUCAUGCUCACGGGCUACGGCCUCUUCGCCGCGUUCGGAAUCAUGGGCGUGACGAGCUACUUGAGAGACAAGAUGAAGUACGAGCUGUUCUACGCGAUUCAUCACGUCUUCCUCGCGUUGUACGCCAUCGCCGUCGCGCACACAAUCGACAACAUGGCGCGCCGAGGUCAGGACCGGUCGCAAAACUUUAAGUGGUUCGCGGGGACGUUGACGUGGUACAUCGCGGAUAGGGUGUUCAUGUGGACGCAGAUCAAGCGAAUGAAGGUGGUGGAGUGGCGAGCGAAGAGCACCGUGAGCCUCGCGCGAGAGCACCCCGCGGGCGACGGCGCGGCGAGAUCGAAAUCGGCCGCCGCCGCCGAUUCGAAUUUCGACUUCGACGUCGUGUCGCACUGCAUCGGGACGUCGCGCGAGGACGACGGCAAGAUGAUCCACCUUCGCGUGCGACGACCCCCGGAGUGGACGUUUCGCGCGGGCCAGUACGCGUACCUAAAGAUACCGGAGAUCGACCUCUCGUGGCACCCGUUUUCCAUCGCGAGCGCGCCCAACGAAGACACGCUGGACUUUUACAUCGAGGUGGCGCACAGGACGAAGGACUGCUGGACGGAGCGGCUAUGGAACCUCGCGCACGCGGACCCGAAGUGCGAGCGGACGCGCGAGGGCGGGAUCCUCGUGCAAGGCCCGUACGGCGCCGCGGCGAGGCACUUCUCCGAGUACGAAAAAGUCGUCGGCAUCGGAGCCGGAUUCGGCGUCGUGCCGAUGAUGAGCCUCAUGAAGCAUCACUACCUCGAGCUGUUCGCGAUGGACCGCGCGCAUCACGAGAGACGACUCGCGGCGCUCGCGAACAAGUGCAGAGAGCUGUACUACGCGACGGAUCGCGCGCACGUCACGUUGUGGCGGAUGUUUUCGCGGUGCCUCCCGAGCUUCACGCGGAACCCGCGCGGAGAAGAGGAACUCGAGAAGAAGCGCGCGACGCGUCACAACUCGCGCGCGGUGGCGUAUCUGAUCCCGCCUCUGCUCGAUUUCACCGCCGCGCUGCUCGCGGUGUCGUGGAGCGAGUUGGACAGGAACCGCGCGGCGAUCACGCCGGCGAUGUCCACCGUCUUGAUGACCCUGACCGCGGUGUGCAUCUCUCUCCACGCGCUGUACUGGUUCGCGAACGUCUCGUAUCGAUCGAAGUGGUUCUACGCGGACGUGAUCGUGAUCGCCGUCGGAUGGUUCGUCUGGAGCGAGUGGCGUCGACUAGACGCGUUCGGGCGUUUCGACGACAUGAACCGAAACGCGUUCGUCGCGCUCUCCGUGUAUCGCUUCCUCAGGCUCUGGGUGCACGGCGCGCUCUUCACGGCGGAUCCCGCGACGAGGGACUUGCGCACGCGCGCCAUUCGAGCGAUCGGAGGAUCGAGCGCGGUCCUUCCCUCUCGGCUGGAGACGGUUUUCGUGACGCGCAGGCGCGUUCCGAGCGCACGUUUUUCACCCGCCGCGCUGCUCGCUUUCAACAUUACAUUCGAUCGCGUGGGUCCCUCCCUUUCGACUGACCGACGAACGAACUUUCUUCGCGACCGACGCGCACUUCACCGCAGCGCUCCCUUCGCGAUGAUGGUGUGGGACGACCUCGAAAAGUGGUGGUUCACGCUCGAGCGGAAGAUAGGCGCGAAGUCCGCGGAAAAGUUCGCCGGCGUCCGCGUGUUUUGCACGGACCGCGACCCCAAGGCGGUGAAACUCCUCGUGGACUACGCCGCCGGCACGAGACUCGCGGAGACGGGAGCGCUCGUCACCGAGAGACCUCACUUUGAAAAGCUCUUCGUGGACUCCGCGACGCGCGGCGACGAUCGCGCGGCGCUCGUCGGCCUCGGGGCGGUGGCCACGCGAACGCUCGUGACGUAUUGCGGCGGCCGCGACUUGGGGAAGAAGAUCGACCGCGGCCGCAUCAAGGUGUUGAAAAGCGUCGACCCGGACGAGGAUCACGCGAUCGGCGUUCGCGUGCACUCCGACCUCCAGGUGAUCAAUUGA